AUGAACCAACCUCCGCCUGACUCUGCGCGCCGUGCCUCUCAGGGCAGUAGUGGGAGCCCUGUCCACGGAUCGCACGAAAGCUCAGCUCCCCCUUCAUUUGGCACUCGCCAAAUGCCUCCCCCGUCUCCUCCUCACUCCUACGGCUCGCGAUCCCAAUCGGCGAACGCGCCCUUCUCCUCUCGCGAUGCUCCAUCCAGCCAAUCCCAGAGACCGGGCAGCAGCAUGUCUAUAUCAGCCAUGCUAGGCUCGGAUGCUGAGCGUCCGGCUCGAGAUACCGGGUCAUCACUGUUUUCACGGCCAUCCCCAUCCUCCCUGUUCGGCAAUGCGCCGACAACGGCCUCCGCGGCCAUGUCACCACCCACCGCCCCAGCACGACCGUCACCGUUCGAUCAGUCAUUUUUCCGCCGAUCACACACCCCCGAAAAAUCUUUUUCGAAGCCUCCACAGGACCGGCCAUACCGAUCUGGCUCGGGCGGUGGAUCGAGUAUCUUGGGUGGUGAGCAGUCCAGGUACGGGGGGCUUUCACGUGCGCCGCAAUCACAGUACCCUGAAAAGCCACAUUCAACACACCCAUCACCUCAGAUAUCAUCCUCCGAUCCUCCAUACAGCGAGCCCCGUCGGAUGAGUUUCAGUGGGCCGAUCGCCCGACCGAGCAGUCAGCCACCCAAUGCCGAGGCAUCAACUCGACCACCCGGUUACAGCCCGCUGUCCCGUUCGGGUGCAGGUGUGCCAGACCGGCCUGAGCCUGGACAACGAGCCUCUUCGGCAUCCUAUGCAGGUCUCGAUCCCCAUGGCCGGGACCCCCAUGGUCGCUUCGGCAGUCUUUUUGGGGACCGCCGCGCGGAGGAUGUUCCACACCGCGAUCGAGAAAGGUCAGCUCACGGGGCUGAUGCGAAGGGCCCAUUUGGGGGUUCAGCAAGGUACGGCUCUCUAUAUGGUGAACGGGAAGCGACCGAGCGCCACUCGAGUGCUUCCACUUGGGAGCACGGUCGCUCGCACCCAUCUUCCCCGGAGACCAAACGCUUCCCUGCGCCAGAGUCUGGAACCGGGUUUGGCUUUGGAGCCAUCCAGAGCUAUACCAAAUCCUUAGGUUCUCAACCCGGGGGUAUUCGACAGCCUCCGCUCUCCGUACAAACCGGACAGGGCCAGCCGUCUCCCCAUGAAUCACCAUAUCAGAGCAAACAAACCCAGCCCCCGCGCAUGGGGUCUACUCCGGCUUCAGCAUCCUCGGCGGGCCUGAAUGCGCUUGGGCUGGGUGCCCUUGGGGAAGAGGGACGGCGUAAAGGAAGUGAUGAGCUCCUGCAGCACCGCAGCCUUCUCGCCGUCGGCGCAGAUGGUAAACGUGGCGGUCGAGCAUCUCCGCUUCCACAGGCUGUGCAGGGUGCCCAGGCUCCGUUCAUCAAUCCGUCUAGUGAAGCCGGCAUCAAGCAUGAGUUGGGACGGGUGUUCUCGGGAAUCGGUAGUGGUGUUGGAGGUGUGACAGCAGGAGCCUCCGGGAGUGGACCGUCGACACCACUCACCUCCAGUCCCUUUAAGCGUGACAGCUUCAUCGGGCCCGAUGACAAGAUUGCGCGCCCGACCUCUGCUUCGGGCACUAAAAGGGGAAGAAAAUCACGGGAUGAAGAUGCUCAGAUGGAUCUGGAUGGCGGUGCAGGGCUCUCUGGCCGGGGAGCUCGUCGCUCUCGACACGCUCAUCCUCAUCAUCACCAUCACCAUCAUCACCAUCACCGUCAUAAGGCAGAGGAGGAAGCCGCCGUUCUCACCGGACUGCAUCGAUCCCUGUCGUCUGUUAACCCAUUCAAUCGAACAUCUACUCCGGCAGAGGCGUCGGCUGGGCAUCAUCACCAUCACCAUCACCACCACCACCAUGCUCCUCGACCCAUUCCUGCCGCAUCUCCUAUCCGGGAGCCUCGCACGACCGUGAAUCUCGAGCCCCUCUUGUCGAGCGUGGCCCAUUUACCGCGUCAUCAUCUGGGUUCGACCCUCUACAAUCCCCGUAUCGGUGUUCCCUCUGCAAAGUCCUCCGCAGAGAGUGCCAAAUUCGGUUAUACUACAACUCCGCAGCCCCUUCCGCGGUUCGAGAAGCGCGAAAACUGCACAUUUACUAUCCGUGUUCCGCGCUUCCGCGUUGACGCGACCCACCGCGAAGAGAUCUGUGCACGACGAGCCCUGUGGGGCACUGGCGUCUACACCGACGACUCAGACCCUGUGGCCGCUGCCAUCCACUCGGGUUACAUCCGGGGUGCCUGGGGUGAGGACGUCGAUGAGUCUAUGCUUGAUCUGGAAAUCAAGGACAUCUACCAGCAUGCCCCGCAGUCUACAGCGGAGAAUAAUGCGGAUGGGAUGUCCAAGUCCGACUCCCAGGAGAAAGAGCCUCGUCUACCGCCUGUACCUCCCACCGACCAAGACCUACACAUUACUCUCUUGAUCCUGCCUUGUCUUGAGAAGUACGAUUCAACCGUGAUGUUUGGUGUCAAAUCUCGACCAUUCGAGGGUCGCCACGACGGGAUGAGCUUCAAAGUGCAGAGUGUGGACUGGGUGGACGACGGGGUUGGGCGCGGCGAGGAGCGAAGCGGCGAAGCCCGACGCAAGCGCUUACGAACUCUGAUGCAGACGGGUCGCAUCUGCACGGGACCAGCCAUGGCGAAGAUGGACGAGCUACGUCGAAGUGGAGUACAAGUUCCCCGGACGAUCGAUGGCCAGGAGCAGCCGACCCCUGUGCAGCCGGUCUCAUAA